AAUUCAAUCAUGGAGGUCGUGAAAGCUUCAUUUUAGGAGAGUAGUCCUUACCUUCCGACUGUGGUUUUAGACGUUUCGUGGCCGUUUUGUUACUUUAAUUUUACAUAAUGGUUGAAACUGCAGCUAAGCCUGCUGCAGCAACCCCUGCUGCAGGUAAACCAUCGGAUGCAAAGAAAGACAAGAAGAAGAAGGGCCAGAAAAGGAACUACGACCUCGGUUGUGGUGUGUAUAGGUUCAGCAGAGCCCGCAUGUACCAUAAGAAAGCUCUUUACAAGUUCAUGGGGAAAACAACACCGAAGAGUGACAAACCGAAGGUGCCAGUCACUGUUCAAAAGGCAAUUGGUGGCGAGAAGAAUGAAGGCUUCCGUACCGUUUAUCUAAAGAAGAGGACAAAGUCCUACCCGACAGCUAAUAGGGUGAAUCGACACCCUAGCAAAAAAUGCUUCGCCCAGCACAAGAGGAAGUUCAGGGCUUCACUGACUCCUGGUGCAGUCGUCAUCUUGCUGGCUGGACUCCAUAAAGGCAAGAGGGCUGUUCUUUUAAGGAACCUUCCUAGCGGACUCCUCCUUGUUACUGGGCCAUUCACCCUUAACGGUGUCCCCCUCAGAAGAAUUCACCCAAAUUAUGUCAUCGCAACAUCUGCCCGAGUUGACGUCUCUGAGGUCAAACUCCCCAAACAUAUGAAUGACAAAUAUUUCAAAAGGUUGAAAGCCAAAAGAACAAAGAAGGACGACGGUGAAAUAUUCGCUCCCAAGAAGGAACCUUACAAGCCAACUGACCAGCGUAAAACUGAUCAGAAGGUAGUUGAUAAGCAAGUCCUUAAAGCACUACAAAAGGGUAAGGAUGUAGGUCUCAUGAGACGAUAUCUCUGCACGAUGUUUGGUCUUAAGAGCAGCCAAUAUCCUCAUCGUAUGAAGUUUUAGGUUUGUCUAUCUUUAAAUACCUUUGUAAAUUUUUAUUUUCCAUUACUUUUUAAAAAUUGAGGUUUUAUAAGGUAAUAAACAUUGAAACUUCAUAUGAAAA